CCUCGAAUAAAACUGUACAGUGAGAUAAAGCCCUGUAGCUCCACUCUAUAGCCGUCAACCUUAUAUACCCAUUCCAUCAACCGUGAGAAUUCAUUCAGAAUCAAACGAGCCGAGUUGAUACAAACCACACAUAAUUUCUGGAGAAGAAAAAAGAUAGACGGACUGACUGAAGUUAGGGGCAAAAUGUUGAGCACUGGUGAUCCAAAAUUGCCAGAAGAUGUUGUGAUUGAGAUACUCUCAAGGCUGCCGGUGAAAUCACUAUUGCGAUUCAAGUGCGUAUGCAAGUAUUGGUACACUCUUACUAAGAAGCCUAGUUUUAUUAGAAAGCACUUAAACCGGGAAAACAAUCAUGCUCGUCUCCUUGUUCAUCAUUAUAAUCUUGACACUAAUACAUAUGUUGCUGCCUUGUUCCCCGAUAAAAAACUCGCGGGCACACUGUCUAUACAUGAGGAAAUUGACCGUCUACAUAUUCCCAUGGGUAUGGAAACUGUGAUUGGUUCCAUAGACAGUUUAUUUUUCCUGCACAAUGGCCUUGACGAUAACAUGGCUCUGUGGAACCCUGCUACUAGAGAGUUCAGGCUCCUCCCUGUACCCCACUCCAUUUUCCCACCAUAUUUCUCUACCAUUUGGCAUAUAUUUGGAUUUGGGUUGGACACCUUGACUAACAAUUACAAGUUUAUUUGGAUUCGUUCCUUUUGGGAUGAGCAAACGGAUAACCCUUACCCUUCUUAUGUUGUUGCUCUAUAUACUCUAGGUAGUGAUUCAUGGAGAUAUGCCAACCCUCUUGAACUUCCUAACCGUACAAUUCACAACUCUUUGUGUGCCACAUAUGUGAAUGGAGCUUAUUACUGGAUUUCAUCUAAAAAUGAUGAGAAUCAUAGUGUCCUUUCAUUUAAUAUGAGUUCGGAGAUGUUUAGAGAGAUACAGGGGCCUGAUCAUCCUAAAAAAACUUGGGGGAGUAUUACAUUGUACAAUGAAUGCAUUGCUAUGUUUAUUUGUCAGACGGAUGUGGUUUUACAGUCUAUUAUUGAUGUAUGGGUGAUGGAAGAGGAAGGGUGUUGGACCAAACUCUUAACUGUUGAACCGUUUCCAGAAGUCACGCGGCCACUUGGGUUUUGGAAGAACGAGAAUCUUUUGUUUGAAAGUAGCACGUCACAGGUUGUCUUGUACGACAAUGAUACCGGCGAAACUACGGAUCUUGGAAUCCAUGGAGAUGGCACAAAUAGUGGACUUUCAGUUUUCAGUUUCAAGGAGAGCUUAGUUUCAGUUGAGGGACAAAAUGAGGACUAGAAGGGGUAUGUUUUGUAAUGGCUCAUGCCCUCUACCUUGACCGCAGCAGCUAUAGAAGAUCUUUUGGAUGCCUGUAUUUUGGAGCUGGAACAAUUGUUAAAGAAAGAAAAAAAGAAUUGUAAAUGUGUAACUAGAGGAUACCAAAUAACCUUGUCGUAUGGUCAGUUGUUUGUGCACUUGUUUUUUCAUUUAUGUUGUCUCACUGGUUUACUAUCUACCACUUUAAGCAUGUAAGCCUUUGGCUUGUUGUCCAGUAUUAAGUUAUAAGAGUUACAUGGUAUCUGUAUCAAAUGAUGUUUUGAAGUGCUAUCAAUAAGUUAUGCCAUUACUUAU